GAGCACGAGAGCAGGAGGGGGAUUUCCAGCUCGAGCCCCCACUUCCCGAAGCAGCCGUUGUUUUGCUUUCGGUCUGGACACAGAAACAGAAAUAAACGACGGCCACACUUUCCCUUUUCCACUUAAAACCCACAAAUAAAUUAACGUCCAACUCCAGCUGCGCGUAUUAUUGUGACAGCAGGACCGCGAAGCUACAGGCCGUCCAAACCGAACAGGUAACAUUUUAUUUCCGCAUAUUAACGCCUUUGACUUACGCUCACACACAGGCUUCCCACAGGACGACAUGACGGAUCCCGAGCUUGCUGUGACACCAUGCCAGUAGAGAGAAUGAGGAUGCGACCGUGGCUGGAGGAACAGAUCAACUCCUGUCAGAUACCGGGGCUCAAAUGGGUAAACAAAGAAAAGAGAAUCUUCCAGAUCCCAUGGAUGCAUGCUGCGCGUCACGGCUGGGACCUGGAGAAGGACGCUCCGCUCUUCAUGAGAUGGGCCAUACAUACUGGUAAAUACCAGCCAGGCAUAGACCGUCCAGAUCCCAAGACGUGGAAGGCUAAUUUCCGCUGUGCCAUGAACAGCCUGCCAGACAUCGAGGAGGUGAAGGAUAAAAGCAUCAAAAAGGGAACUAAUGCCUUCAGAGUCUAUAAGAUGCUCUCCUCCUCAGAGAGAAGCAUGAAGAAAGGAAAGAAGAAGACAGAUAAGGAGGGGAGGCCCAAGGGAAACAAAGAGGUAGCCUCUCCAUCUCCAGACAGGACUCUUCCUGAUGCUCAUGUUGGACCUAUUGACUUUACCAAACAGGAAGCGGUUAAGCAGGAAACUGUAGAGCUUAAAGUGACUGACAGUGCAUCAGCCAUUCACAGUUCAGUAGAAGACUACGUGAUCACCAACGAGCAGCUGCCGUUCGUCUGUCAGACAAUUGAAGUGACCACAGAGAACGAAGAGCAGACUGUUAGCUCCUCCCACUCCUAUCCGCUCCAGAUCUCUCCUGUGUCUUCAUGCUGCGGCAGCGACACAGACAGUGACACAGAGGACACUAAAGAGGGUGUCGGUGCUGUCUGGAGGCGGGACUAUAACACAUCAGUUCUCAGGGUUCCCACAUGUUCUCUUCCUGGCAUGGCCACCUUUGUCAGUGCGAGCAAGCCCAACUUCAGGGUCACCAGCACGCGAGACCCGGCCCCCCUCAUCAGCUACCACACCGACGGCUGGACGCCAGCCUACAGCCAGAACUCUCCUUUGUCUGCGGCGAGCAGCCACACCCAUGAGAUGCGCGCAAGUGUCAUCAUGAAAACCUCUGAUGUCACUUCCUCCUGACCUCUGAACCCCCAGAUGAGGGAUUAUCAUCACUGCUUCCAGGGCAUCAGAACAAUGGAGAGUUUUCUCCAUCAGGGCAGCGUGGAGUCUAAAGAGGGCGAGCUUCAAAAUCUUUGAUUCUAUUGUAGCUUCUGUCUGGGCCAUGAAUUCUCUCAGUUUUACUUUUUAAUUGGAGAAAAUGCUGACUUGCCCACUAAUUGGCGAGCCCAAUGUAUUAUUUCUGCAUCUGCAUGGAUGCGAGGUUCUGUGUGAUGUAAAGUUCAUCAUCUGCCCAUGUCUGCAAGGGUUAGCGGACCAUCCGUGUGCAGCUCAAGAUGUAUAACCACGGAGACCACACACACGACAGAAUAAAUAGGACAUUGUGUGCCUGUCCAUGUCCACAUCCGUUUUCGGACUACAUCUGGCCUCUUAGACGACAGAAUCAUCCGUGUGUCACUGGUAGUUAAUAUUCUAUGCUUCUUUGCGCUAACAUUUUAGCCUAUAUGAAUGAAAUUCACCAGUUUUAUCAUAUGAAAGAAAAAAAAAAUUUAUUGCACAACCUCCAGCACAUAUGUGAUUUUAUUUUAUUUUUUUAAUGAAUUAUCUUUUAGUCGGUAUUGCCUAGCUGUACGUUUGAAACUGUGUCUUCAUACUAUCAAGUGUGUUGUAAUUUUAAGUUGUAUAGAGUCUCCAGCCACUUAUUAUGUGAAACAGUCCCUUAAUAGUUGAUCACAGGAAGUUCCUUUUGCAUUUCAUAUACAUUGUUUGAAUCUCCUUCAUAAAAUUGCGAGAUCGCCCUGUGCCAUUUAAAGAUUACUCACUAUGAAGCAUUAGAACCUGUGACCUGCUGUCUCAAAACAGUGCAAGCUCUGGUGUCAGCAGGAAACAUUGCACUAAAUGCUUUACUUGGACACACGGAUGGAACAAAGAUUCUGUCUUACCAGAAGCAAUCUGCGUUCAUAACAAAGCGAUGCACACGACAAUGUAUGGGAAACUCCGUCUCUGUUGGCAAACCAGCUUUACCGGCAGCAAGUUGCAAAUAGAAUCAAAAGCAUGUUGUUCUGUCAAGAUAAAGAAUGAUAAUAUCCUCAUCGAGCCCUGAUUUGCCCUGCAGUGGAAAGCAGGCGUGUGUCUGUCUGUCUGUCUGGAGACCUCAGGACAACGAACCCACCAACACACGGACAGACAGACAGAAUGACAGACUCGCUGAUAGACAGACUGUGAAAAAUGUAUUCAUGUUUUUUCCUCUCUUCAGCCUCUUGGUGUUAAUAAUGUACAUAGCUCUUAUGUAUGUAUGCCUGCAAGCAGCUUCAGCACCUUACAGACAGCACUGGUGUUUGUGUGUGUGUGUGUGUGUGUGUGUGAGUGUGUGUGUGUGAGAAAGAGAGAGGAAAAAAGCCUUAUUGAAGACAUGUGCCUUUGAUAGAGUGCGGCUGGCUCUGUGCUUUAGUCUGCUAGGAUCACAUGUAGGUAGCUUUCAGACAUUUUAUUCGGGCCCAACAUGGAUUGAGCGCAGGCGGCGUGUGGCCAUAUUUCUAUGCACUCACAGUCUUUGAGUAACGCGUUAUCCUCAUAUGUCAGAAUAUUUCUCUUUAAGCUCAUUGGGCUAGAGAAUCGAGUCUCCGAGGUUAAUCUUAACACUUCAUAGAAGUGUGCAGUUAAUUCUGCAAAUUCAAAGUGAAUAUCUUGCCAUCCCAGAAGACUGCGUCUCCAGCAGAGGUGGAGCUCUGUUGUUUUUUGUUUUUUUUAAGUCACACUUGUUUUUACAGUUUCUUCUCAGCUCAUAACAUCCUAUUUCCCUGUUGAUUUUAGUGCACAGAUGUCGCAGUCCAUGUCUUCCCUAGCUUAGAGUACAAUAGCCACUAGCCUUAAUCCUCGUGUUAAAGAUGAAAUCCUUAUUUUGACACACCUUAAAGUGCAAAUGCAUGCACAGAAUGAUGCACUAUGGCUGUAAAUGGAAGACAUUUCUUGUAUUAAUGUCUGUUUUACGUGCCAUUAUUGGAGCGAGCUCAAUGGUUUCAAUAUUAUUUAGUAAGAAAUGUAAUUUCCAGCUAGCAGGCUAAAGCACAGUCCUCAUUCCCAGCCUGCCUUUUAGCAGAGCUCCAGUGGGAACAGCUCUAAAAGUUCCUGUAGGAAAACAAUAGGACGAAUAGGAAUCUGCCGUGAUUUUUGAACUAAACCACUAGAGAUUUACACUGGACGCACAUUACUAUCAUGGUGAACUUAUUUAAGAUUCUCAUUGAAUCAAACAGGCUUGGCCUUACUUCAUAGCAGACGCGGAAUAUGCUUUGCUUUACCAAAUGUUUCUUCCAUGUGCCUUUUUAUUGUUUGAGACUUGCAUCACAUACUGAAAGGUUGCUUCUAUUUCUGCAUGGUUACACUUCAUGAUAGUUCUCGAGGGUAAGGCUGCUCAACAGGCUGCAAUACACGGCCAAUAUUUAAAGCAAUGUGUGCAUUUUGUCAACAGCCAUUACAAACACCUGCCUUUAUAACAACGCAUUUGUCUAUGUGAGUCUUUUCAUCUCCAGCAACGUCAUAGUGUUCACAUCCUUAAUGAGCGUGAUAUUUAAAAAUAGCUGUUGGGAAUUGUACAACCCCGUCGUUGUAAUGACCAAAUCAGAUGCUGUUGUGCAAACUUACAUGUGUGUUACUUGACGGUGGCCUGACCUAAACAACAUGAUGCAUAUUAGGCCAUAACACCAGUGCAAACAUUACAUUAAAUUUCAUAUUUUCAAAACUGACGCAUGGGUUGAGUUCAAAAUGAUCAAGACUUCUACUUGAAUAAUGAAAUAUUUAGACCUCGUUAUAAUUCACAUUGCCUCAAAACCCUGAUCAUGUUGUUAUAAAGAGGUCUAGCAAGGAAUAACUAAAGUGCACUUCUAAGUAAAGUCCAUUUCUGUGUUAUGUGUAUAAAGGGAUGUCAUUGCAGCCAGAAGUCAACAGUGAAAGUUGUAUGUCGGGAGGAAUAUAAUUAUGUUAUCAAUAAUUGAUCCGUCAUCUAGUUGUUGAUCUUUCCAACCUGCUUUUGCUUUAUGUGAUUCAGAGCCACUCAAUUACUGCAGUUAAAACCGAGUCUCCAUCUUGCGCUCAGCGCGCAUCAUAAAGGACAAUAUUACCAGUCAGUUGAAAGGACAAAGACAGAAGUGAUUAGCUCGGCUGCUAGCCAUGCAGCGAAGAGGUUUUAACUGCAUCACAUCGCACCUGUUUAUUCUGUGUACAUUAUGAAAACUACAUGUGAAUCAACAUCUGAAUAAAGACUGUUUUUGUAUUUA